CGAAGGAACAGGAAGUGUUAGCCACAGCUAGCCAGUCAGACAAGACAAAAACAGCCUGAUAUCAAACAUGCUUGCUGAUAGUGAUUUCGUAAAUCUACGAAACAGAUUCAAGAAAGAUGCUGAACUUCUCAUGCAAGGGUUUUCAGCAGGUGACCGCAACGAAAAGAGUAAGUAAAGUUAACUGCAGACGUCCAAUUUGUAAGUCGCUCUGGAUAAGAGCGUCUGCUAAAUGACGUAAAUGUUAGCCAUUAAAAUACGCUCGUAGCUUGCACAGAGAACUGAGUUUCACGAAAGUAACAAAUCAAUGAAUGAAUCGUAAAUAACUUAUUUGUACUGUCGUUGCCUAUCAUAUUCAACUUUCCCAUUUCUAAUUGCGAUUAAUGUAACUAACUACUAGCUAGCUUGCUAAAGUCGAGGCUAUCUAGCAUGUCAUUUUUCUGUAAGGAAAAUCUUAGCUACGUCUAGCUAGGAUUGUCUCGAAUAUCAAGUACAUUCAGGGUUGCCAGGUCAAACAAAUGUCUAACCAUAUGACCUCUGAACCUGCCCAAAAGGCAUAAAACUAGCCCAAAUGUGUGUUUUCGCAGCAAGAGAGGAGUUGCCACAUUUAUCCAAUAAACCCUUUUUCAUAACGUAAUCGAGCGAAUUAAGAAGGAAUAUCGACGUAUGCGAAGAAGCAGAAUUCGGUUUUCCAUCAAUUAUCAUUCUUGCGAGUUAAAGAAUAUUGCAAGAGAAAAUAUAAAUUGCGCUUAUUAAACUCUCCAGAUCAUUUCCCGUCAAUUUAACCUGUUUUGACUUAUGAUUAAGCAAUAAGGCCCGAGGAGGUGUGGAAUAUCAACCAGUGCUCUUCACGCACACACACCCCCUCCGGCCCUCCCCACCAUUCACUCGCUCAGUAACAGCCUGCUCACUGCCUCAUAGCAGCAGCAGGUAACAUAAAUAUAAUGCCAUGGCGGCCGCCGUGCAGUUUAGAAGUAGCCCAAAAACCCUCCACCUGCGACCAAUACAUUUUUCACCCUCUACAUCGUUUUCAAAGUAGCCCAAUUUCAGGAAAACUGCUUCUCCGUAGCUAGCUAGGUAUCUAGUUAGUUAAAUGUAAAAACUGUCGAUUUCACAAGUUAAAAAAGGAACGGAAAGGAAUUAUUUUAAACCGGUACUAAUUUCUGGUUUGAACCAGUUCAGAGCUUUAAUAUGUGGGUCGAAACGAUUGGAAAAUAAUUUCAGUUCCAACCGCUACUCCAUAACAACCAUUUUUGUUUGCCAUAGCAACCUUCCAAUCAAAUUAACAACCAGUGAACCUUGGCUGGAAACAAUGCUAAUCGAACGAACGACCAGACGGCUUGGGUAGCAACCUCGGGACUAUAUCCUCGUGGAAGGAUGAAAUAGUAUGAAUACAUUCAUCAAAAUAACAUUUUUUAUGAAAAUGUCAAUCAUUAUUUUAAUGUUUCUAACAGUUAUUUGUCUCGGACCUAACAACACGGGCCAAUAUAUCCUCCAAACCACGGCUUCACUUAAAUAUAGCCAACAUACAGGAGGUCCAGUAAGCAGAUUUGACAACAGAGAGAACAAUUGUCUUAUCUUCAGGCUCAAACUGGGCAACAUGCCACUGAUUCUUGAUUGUUUUGACUGUGCAAAUGCUGUGUCAGCACUGCAGCAACAUGAUAGUUUCAGACUAUACUUCUGGACCAUACUCAAGACUCAGCCCAGUGCUUGCGUAAACUGAUAUGCAUUAAAAGAAACAGCAGACCCAACAUUGGCUGGAUGGUUCAGUACAUGGUAUUCUUUUACACUGGCAAUAUUUUAUGCAACAUUAUUCAUGUGAAAUAUUCCCUUAUUUUUGAAUACUAUUAAAUUACCCUUGAAGUUGCUAUUUGAGCUGUCUAGUAUGAGACAGCUGCAUCUUGGUUGGCCUGAUUUUCAAGUAAAGGAGAUUUUUGUUCCAACCCCAGUGCACUGGGUUCAUACCUGAGACAGACCUCGCAGCUUGUCCACUUCCCCAGCCAACUGCUGUCUCUGAUACAUUUAAUCAACUGCUAAAUUAUAGAGAUUAAUAGGCUUUCCAAAAAAUUAUCUUAUCGCCUACUGCCCCUCGUGCUAUCUGUUUCAUCUUGAAAUAUCUUGAACCUUAAAAGGUGCGGAUUGGCCACCUUCUGUUCUCAUUCUGUUGUAAAUUCAAUCUAGUUUUAUAACCCCUUGGCAGACUGACGCUAUUCAUCAUUAAACUCAAUGAUAAUAAUAAUAAUAAUAUGCCAUUUAGCAGACGCUUUUAUCCAAAGCAACUUACAGUCAUGUGUGCAUACAUUUUUACUUAUGGGUGGUACCAGGGAUCGAACCCACUACCCUGGCGUUACAAGCACCAUGCUCUACCAAUUGAGCUACAGAGGACUGUAGCCUAGGCUAUCAUCAUACAUAGGCCUAGCUAGAUUGUGUGGCACCCUUCAACAAAUCUCUAAACACUAAACUGUGAGAGCAAUUACACACAGUCACUGUAGGCCUUUGCUGUUUCUUUUGAGAAAUCAACUGAAUAAGUGAUGAUAUAGGCCUACUGCAUUACCAGUGACCAUGGCAUUUUGUCUCAAACCUGCAGGUCAAGAAGAGAAAGAUGCCAAACCACUCUCUCGGAUCAACCGCCAUUCCGUGUUCUGGAUUGUGGCGUCUGUUGGGUUGACUUACUAUUUUGACUUCCUCCGGGUCCUCAUGGAGAAUGAGGAUAUCAAAAGGUGAUGAAAAAAUAUUUUGUACGCAAAUCAAUCCAGCUAGUUUGAAAAGAGUGUGUGUGUGUGUAUGCCUUUGCAGUAGGUCAUCUGUGAUUAGUAGGCUAAUCAAAUGGGUUGUUAGCCUGGAUCCAGACUUGAGAAUUUAGUUUCUGGAUUUUCUCUUAUUGAAGUGAUUUCCACUGGCCAGAAAAUAUCCAAUAUUUGGUCUUAAGUUACUAAGGUGUAGAUUGGUCAAUGUAAUUGGAAAAGUCCCAAAUAUUGUGCUUAUUUGGUCUUUUUUGGUUAGGCACAUUUUAUUCAUGCAGGAUUAUCUUAAUACUCAAUGUUUGCAGAAACGCAUUUAUGAUUACUGCAUUUCCCGAAGAAUCAAACCUCAAGUUCCUGUCAUGUAUUUGCUGCUUAUGUGUUUUGUUUUCCAGCUGGUGGUUCAAUGUUGGUGUGAUACUGUUGGGAAUAUGCCUAUCUUUGGCCACAUUUUGCAUCGUAUACCUGGAGUGGUUCAAGGGCAUAAAGCACUACGACCAGGAAUACCCUGCUAUUGCCCCUAUCACCACAGCAGCCUUCAUUGCAGCAUCAUGCAGGUAAUACUCUUUCAAUGACAUUUACAUCCUCAAAACUGACAUGGGAUGUGUUUCUAACAUAAAGUAUGUUUUUGCCGACUUUAACUUACGCCUCUUGUAGAAGUGCAGAGUGCUUUAUUUUACGAAUGUCAUUAGUUCAUGCAUAGAAGAUUAACCGUCAAACAUACAUUUUUAUAAUAGUUACUCUCUUGUGGCUGGGUUGUGCAAAUAAAUAAUAUAUUACUUUAGCUGCGAAGGCUGUAGGAAACCCACCCCUGAACUUUGCAAAAAGUAACAAAAGGGCUUACAAAAGAGAUGAUUUUCUUGUUCAUCCUCAACAGUGGAUUCAAGUGAGAAAAUAAGAAAUGAAUCUCUCUUUUUUGUUGUUGAGUUCUCCAACUCCUCUCUGCCUGAAAUUAUUCCUUUUGGAAGUUUUUCCUUGGGUAAGCCCUUUUUGUUGGAUUUUUGUCAUUGUUGUCGAGCACUCCUCCUAGUUUUCUUUGUUUGCUGUAGCACGGCAGCCUUCCUGAAAUCUUCGCAAAAAAGUACCUUAAUAUUCCUUAAAGCAUACCCUGUUACUGAUCUAUGUGAAUGGAUACACAUGGCAUAGCUAGCUAGCUACAUAAUGCUUUUGGUUAGUAAGUUGUUAGCCUAUUUUACAAUAUCACCAAUGGUGAUCAGAAUGAUUUUGGUCAAGCACAUUUUUUAUUUAUUCUCCCCAGUUUUAAUAUAGCUCUGUGGCCUGUGUGGUCGUUCCUCACCCCCGUCCUCCUGUUUACCCAGUUCAUGGGAGGUGUUAUGCUCAUAUCGAUGCUC